GAUGUGUUAACUGUUUCAGAUUGGCAGAUGGAGUCUUGGUUAUACGCUUUCUACAACACUUUGGCUUUACUUUUGUUGUUCAACAGAGCCGUCUUAUGCGAGUCAAGUCAGGGGCAUGAAGCAUUGCAGAACACACUAAUUCAAAAGAUGAACACUAUACAGAAUCAGCUGGCAGAAGUCACAAGUUCAAUUCGUUCUUUAAAUUCAGACUUAGACAAAGCAUUAUAUAAUUGUGUAGGUAUUGAAUCAGAUCUUUGCGGCACCCUGGAACUGGAGGCUGGUCACAAGGGUAUUAGGGACCUGAGUGCCCUUUUACAGCCCAGUAAGAGGUCAAUGUCUCAAGAUCCACAGGUGGACAAAUACAGGGGGUUACUCGCCGAACUAAGCCGGAAGCGAGAAAUGGCCAAGUAUCUGAUGCGCAUGCUCCGAGGAGCUGAUGUUGUGGUGACAGGUGAAAAGAAAAGAGCCUGCAACCUUAACCUUGGCUUCCACUGUCAAACAGAAGAUAUCUCAAACUUUGCAGACAUGUACGACUACCUGUCAAGUCCUCAUAGUCCAGGCAAGAAGCGGUCAGUGAGGGCUACGCCAUAAAAUACAACACAUAAUGACCAACGAAGUGAAGUAUUUGGCUUGCAUGUUAUGUAAGAAAAGAAACAAUCACUCAAGUCACAUUUUAUAUUAGGUACUUACAGAAUUGUUUUAACAUGAUUUUCCAUUUUCUUUUCGACUAAAAAAUUGGUCAAAAUGUUAAAUCUACUAUUUUGUGAAGUCAAGAAAUGCAGAAUGAUGUCUUGCUAUAAGGAAACAAAAAUGUAUUCUUUACAAUGUGUGCUAUGUGCUACACCUAAUACCACCCUGCUGUUGAACAGAAAGUUAGGUCUAUGGAAGGAAUAUUCAUAUUUUUUAGUCAAUAGCAAGAUUUAGAUUUUAUUAAAUCUUUUUCAUUUGGACUUUUUUUCAAUAAAACUUGUAUUCAUUAUAA